GGGUCGACCAUGUUACAUCAGUCGUGCUUAACCGAUGCAUGAGAUGUUUGUCCUUUUGCCAUUCAAGUCCUCUUUCUUCACGAGGAUUGCACAUCGACUCAGAAUCCUGACCAAAACCAAAAAUUUCACUGGAAAAGCUCAGGGACACAGAGAGAUUGAUCAUGGAGAGUUUCCGGAGGAAACUAGGUUUAGCAGUGACGUUGAUCGUGAUGCUGACGCUGACGACCAUGGCGGAGCCUGCUGACGGAGCAUUUCACAAGGUGGGAGGCAGGUCCGGUUGGAUCGAGCACGCCAACUACACCAAAUGGUCCAGCGGCGAGCACUACUCCGUCGGAGAUUGGCUCUACUUCGUCUUCAAUAAGCAAAUGUAUGAUGUGCUGGAAGUGAAUGAGACGAGCUACGAGAGCUGUAAUAGCCAAGGCUUCAUCUCCAACGUCACGCGGGGUGGCCGAGAUGUGUUCGAACUCAAGGAAGCCAAGACUUACUACUUCAUAUGUAGCAGAGGCUAUUGCUGGGGCGGCAUGAAAGUCUCUGUCGACGUUGUGGUAGCCUCGCCAGCACCAGCUCCAUCUCCGUCCGGAGCCACCCCUCCAUCGCUGGUUAGCUCGUUGCUCGUGAUCUUCCUUUCAAUCGUAACCGGCUUGUUGAGCCUCAAACCACCGAGUCGCUAGCUAGAGUCAUUUAGAAAUUACAAACCCUCUCUCUUGUUAAGUUUCUCGAUCUUGAGAAAUAAGUUUGUGGAAAAUUAAAUCCGGUGGGACUCAUUAGAUCCGAUGGUCAAGAUUCAUUUCGGUACAUGUAACGCAACACCUCCUCGUUAUGCAACUAUGAAGAGGCACGAUGUUGCUUUGUUAAAAUGUGGGCAUUGACGAUGGUGCAAAACCAUGUGGCAUCUACAUUUCACAUCUGUUUUGCU